AUGGCUUUUGUUAUUCUAGAGGCUGGUGAUCCUUUGGGUAAUUCUUUAACAGCUCAUGCCACUAACAUACCAGGUUGCAUUACAUAUCCAGCAGUGGAAGAAGGGUCUACAUUCGAAAUCAAGCAUCACAUGUUGAGUAUUCUACCUACAUUUCAUGGGUUAUCAACCGAUGAUCCUAACAUGCACAUUGCAGAAUUUUUAAUGGGAUGCAAGAAUAUUUUGGUGAAAGGAUUAUCAGCUGAAUCUAUUAAGCUUCGUCUAUUUCCUUACACAUUGAAAGAUCAAGCAAGGAGAUGGCUCCUCACACUUCCAUCUGGAAGCAUUAGCACUUGGAACCAACUCAGUGAAAAAUUCUUAAACAAGUAUUUUCCAGCUUCAAAGACUCUCGACAUGAGAUUAUCUUUUGCCCAAAAACCAAAUGAACAGUUUCAUGAGGCAUGGGAACGGUUUAAAGAGUUGAAUAGAAAAUGUCCACAUUCUGGUAUUAGCAGUACGGAUCAAGUGCAUAUAUUUUUCAGAGGGUUAAAUAUGACAACAAAAACUCUUGUCAACGCUUCAUGCGGAGGAUCAUACAAGGAUAAAAAUGCACAAGAAGCUUGUUUAUCAUUUGAAAAAAUGGCAGCAGAUACACAGUAA